AAUUCGCGGGGCGGGGCCCGGCCUUCGCGCGCAGGCGCGCAGCCGUUGCGGGUCCAGUGGUUGCGAGCAGAGCGGUUUCCCGAGUGGCUCCGCUGGGAGGGACUGGGCUGUGCAGGUUCCGAGGCCGGCGGGCAACUCCGCCCGGCCUGAAGCCCCGGCGUCCGCCUCCUUCACCGUCCUUGGAUCCGUCGCCAUGAAUUCCGCCGUCAUCGUGGUCCACGGCGGCGGAGCCAGCUGCAUCUCCAAGGACCGGAAAGAGCGGGUCCGCCAGGGCAUCGUCAAAGCCGCCACCGUGGGUUACAACAUCCUCAAAGAAGGAGGGAGCGCCGUUGACGCUGUGGAAGGAGCCGUCGUUGUCCUGGAAGACGAUGCCGAGUUCAACGCAGGUCAUGGAUCUGUCUUGAACGAAAAUGGUGAAGUUGAAAUGGAUGCUAGUAUCAUGAAUGGGAAAGACCUGUCUGCGGGAGCAGUGUCUGCAGUCCGCUGUGUCGCAAAUCCCAUUAAACUUGCGAGGCUUGUUAUGGAAAAGACACAUCAUUGCUUUCUGACCGACCAAGGUGCAGCAAAAUUUGCAGCAGACAAUGGGAUUCCAGCAAUUCCUGGAGAGCAGCUGGUAACAGAAAGAAACAAAAAACGCCUAGAAAAAGAAAAGCAUGAGAAGUGUGCUCAGAAAUCGGACCCUCAAAACUUGGGGACCGUGGGUGCCGUGGCCGUGGACUGCCGAGGAAACGUGGCUUACGCGACCUCAACCGGGGGCAUCGUUAACAAGAUGCCGGGGCGCGUCGGGGACACGCCGUGUAUAGGAUCUGGAGGUUAUGCUGACAAUGACAUUGGAGCCAUUUCAACGACGGGGCACGGGGAGAGCAUCCUGAAGGUGAAUCUGGCCAGACUCACCCUCUUCCACGUAGAACAGGGGAAGACAUUAGAAGAGGCUGCUGAGGCGUCGUUGGGUUAUAUGAAGUCAAAGGUCAAGGGUGUGGGGGGUGUCAUCGUGGUCAACAAAGCGGGAGACUGGGCAGUAAAGUGGACCUCGGCCUCCAUGCCCUGGGCAGCCGCAAAGGACGGCAAGCUGCACUCUGGAAUUGAUCUCAGCGACACCAGCGUCACUGACCUGCCCUAAUAAGCCUGGGACGACGGUAUUCUCGAUGCCAGCUUGGUCGUAAAGCAGGUUCCUGGUGUGGAGACUUAGCCUAAUCAAUUAGAUCUAGAAAUGGAAAAAUUCUGCCGUCUGUCACUCGUUUUGUUGCCUUGAUCAGUGUUUGGUUGGGGGUGGAUCCCAAAAGGAUACAAGAAAUGUCCAUUUUAAGAUCAAAAUAAGACUAGUGAAAAUGACAAAGUCCACUGAGCCUUUCUCGUGACUGGUCCCCAUUGCCUGAGGUUAAUAAAGAGGAAAAACAGGUGAUCCUGACACGACAGAAACAGCCGUGGUGCAGGGAGUGCUUUUGGAGUUGGGGGACCCACCGCAGGGACAGAGGCUGUAGGCUUGAAGGUUGGGGGGUGGCGGGCAGAGGACAGCAGUACCCCGGGCAAGACCCAGUGCAGGGGCGAGAUGGGAGGGAAGGCCCAGGGGAGGCAGCGAAGGGGAGAAGCCGGGCAGACCUCGGAAGGUUGCGGACGCAUUCUGAGUCAGGAGAGCACUGGGUGAAAGACUCUCUGAGAGAUGAACUGAUUUUUCUAAGAACGGGCACGUCUUCUCUGACUUAUUAACAUAGAUGGCUGUUAAUAAGGCUCUAUUCUGCCAAGGAACAGUCUUCAUGGACGCUCCGGAGCCCCUUCAGGCCCGAGGGUCUUGGGCUCACACACCAGCCCGCUCACGUCGAGGUUCCCACCUGCCCGCACGGCUCAUCAGGCCCAGCCCCGCCUCCCAGACCCUCGGGGUCCUCCUAGUGAGCGAUGGGGCUCGGGACCUGCACCAGGAAGGGCCAGUCACCGCCGAGAGGACCCUGGCGUCACACCGUCCGGGACAGUCCGGUGCUGUGGGUUCCCCCAGCUCAGCCGGUGUGUACGCGUGCUCGGCGUGGUGAGCAAAGUCACUCCCUGUUCACGUCUCUUUACACUGGAAAUGGUAUUUCUUGCUGUAACAUAGCCGCCCAGUUUUUCAGUCUGUCAGGGUUCACCUUCUCUCUGGAAAGAAACUGCUUCCCUUUAAAUUCCAUGUGCCACUAAUAAAAUGUAUUUUGAAAGAAUAA